AUCUUGAUAUCAUAAAUGAAGAUAAUAUAGAAGAUAUGAUAAAAAACGAAACAAGAUAUUUGUUAUUAAACACACGUAACGCUUAUGAUGAAAAAAUAAAUUCCUUGAUUGAUGAUCCUAUCUCUCAUACAGAAUAUCAAAAAUUUCAACAAACAAUUUUCAAUACUUUAUUCAGAUACGAAACAAACAUCAAAUUAAACACAUACCUUGAUCUCGCUUCACAUAACACCACAA